AUGACGUUAACGAAAUACCAAAGAGGCGAUGCUAUAGACGGCUGGAAUGACUGUCCCACUCCGGUAAUGUCAUCGCAAAAUAGUUCACAACAAUCGCUUGGUAAGGAGCUGAUACGACAUAAUCAAGAUCGCGAAGGAAUUUUGAAUCUUUGUGAAUUGGUAUUUAAAAAACCCAUGGAUUUACCAGAGAGAGAAUUGACAUGUUAUAAGUCGAAAUUACAAACCCAGAUUCAAACUAUGAAUGAAGAGCAUUUGGACUUUAUAGAGAGUAUUUUUAAUGAAAUUUUAGAAGCCAAUAUCAAUAAAAAUAAAGUUAGUCAUAGAGUUCUUGAGUACAUGAUGGUUUAUGAAGGUGUAACUAAAUGGUGUGCACCAUUGAAGAAGAUUGUGAACAGUGUUUGA